CAAUGGUACGUAUUGCGAGUGUGGGUUGCACCGUUGCUACCGUAGGUGGGGUUUUUCGUGUAUAUAUAUAUAUACAUGGUUGUGCAAAUUCCCAACCCCCCUGCAAUCUCAGUCUGAGAAAGUUUCACAGUCACUACCUGUGGCCAGCUGACCUGUUCCACCAUGUCCUUCAUUGCAGCCUUCCUGGAGCAGACCGUCUAUCUGGGCAUGCCUGAUGACAUGACCUUACUCAAUCAGGGCACUGUGAUUCCAUACCCGCAUUUCAGUGCCGAUGGGGAUGCAGGCAUCUUGGAUAAGGCCAUCAAGGCCAAAGGUGUAGAUGAGAACACCAUCAUUGAUGUGCUGGUGAAGAGGAGCAAUGCCCAGAGACAGCAGAUCAAAGCUAGCUACCAAAAGGCUAGUGGCAAGCCUCUGGACACUGCCCUGAAGUCGGCCCUAAAUGGAGAGCUGGAGGAUGUGGUUCUGGCACUACUCAAAACGCCAGCCCAAUAUGAUGCCCAACAGCUCAAACUGGCCAUGAAGGGAUUGGGCACAGAUGAGGAUACUCUGGUUGAGAUUCUGGCCUCCAGGACCAAUAAAGAGAUCAAAGAGAUAAAGAAGGUCUAUAAGGAAGAAUACAAAAAGGAGCUGGAGAAUGACAUCAAGUCUGACACAGGUGGAGACUUCAGGAAUGCUCUGCUCUCGCUCUGCAAGGCUACUAGGAAUGAGGACACCAUGGUGAACCAGGAACUUGCUGACAGUGAUGCCAGGGCCCUGUAUGAGGCUGGAGAGAAGAGGAAGGGAACAGACUGCUCUGUCUUCAUAGACAUUCUGACCACCAGAAGUGCUUCUCAACUCCGCCAAGUGUUUGAGAAGUACUCCAAGUACAGUAAGGUGGAUGUGACAAAGGCUAUCGACCUGGAACUGAAGGGAGACAUUGAGAACUGUCUGACUGCCGUAGUGAAAUGUGCUGGAAGCAAGCCUGCUUUCUUUGCUGAGAGACUCAACUUGGCCAUGAAGGGUAAAGGAACCAGGACCAAGAUUCUGACCCGUGUCAUGGUGAGCCGUUCUGAAGUGGACAUGGCCCGGAUCAAACAGGAGUACAAGAAGACAUUUGGGAAAACCCUCUACCAGGACAUUCUGGAUGACACCAAUGGAGACUAUGAGAAGAUCUUACUGGCCCUGUGUGGAAGUGACAACUAACUUUCUUUCUUAUCUCACCAGGAGACAAUGUCUACCGUAGUGCAUGAGUGCCAAUGGAGAAUAAUGUACAUGAAACAUUCCCCUCCAAUGCCUCAAAUGCUCUUGCCAAAUAUGUUUCAUGACAACUAUUUGAAAUGGCAGUCCUGAUGUAUUUUCACUACAUGCUAACAGCUAUAAGCACAGUUCGCAUGUUAAGCAGCAUUGUAUAAUUUAGCCUAGCGUCAGCAGACUUGGUGAUCCAUAGUGCAAUAUCACACACCAAGAAUAUAGUGGCAUUGUACCCUGGUUGGAUAACUGGUCCUUUGUGAAAAUAAAGCAUUUUAUCUGGA